UUAAUCUCAGUACUAAUUUUCUUUGUCAAAGCACCUCUCACCCCUGACAUAUGAUCCUGUGUUAUCUUCUUUUUGACCGUGUCAAAGCACCUCUUACACCUGACAUAUCCUGUGUUAUCUUCCUUUUGACCUAGCUGGUUGUUUACCACAGUGUGACGUUGUCUACAUUUAGUUGUGCAUUGUUUAAAAUUGUAAAAUUUAUUUUAUAGUCAGCAGAAGACAAGUUUCAGUGCGAGCUGAAUUGGUGCAUCGAACAACUUGAAAUGGGUCUCGCUUUUCAGAAACCUGACAAAAGACAAGCUGAAGUUGUUCAGCGUCAUUUGAGAUCUUUAAACUCUUCUAAAACACCCAUGCCAAGGAAAAGGCAGCUUAUGUUUUCACUGUUUGGAGACUACAGGAAAAAGAUGCAAGAAGAUAAAAAGAAAGAAAAACAAGGACCACCUCUGAAUCCAAAGCUCUCAGCUGUCAGUAAGGAAGAACAAAGAAGUAUAUUUGUUAAAGUUUGCCAGACAAAAUCUAAAGAUUCAGACAUGCAGAGACACACAGAUAAACCAGAUGUGACACUUAAAGAUGGCUGGAAAUUUGAAAAAUCAGGCAAUGAAUUCAGAUUUGAUUUUGGUAAUUCAGAAAGUUAGAAAUGGACCAAGUCAAUUUACUUUUACAGAAGGCUGACAUCAAGACCAUGGCAGGCCAAGGUGAAAGCUUCCACGUAAGGUGUUCACUCCUCUGAAAAUUUAACAUGUCUGCAGACCAACAAGGUGUCCAACUUCGUAGGAUACAUGUAACUUAUAAUAGUAUUGCAGCACCAGGAAUUCAGAAUGCUUAGAGAUAUUUUCUGUAAUUUCCGAACACAGUGCUUUCAUUGUGGUCUUAAUUAAAUUAACUAAAAGCUGGAAAGACUCUUGUAAAUUUUUGAAGGCUGACCCACCUUCAUACCCAGAGUCUUAAUUUUCCUACGACCAGCAGUUAGGAGAUGAGCAUCCCUGGAAAGUUCUGACUGGAAGUCUGAAAGUAUUGGACAUUGGUUGAAUUAUCGUUCAUGGCUAACUGACAAACACUUGGCUCAGUUGCAAUUGAGAUGCUGGGUAUUUUACUUCUGCUCAUUUCCAUUGUUUUUAAAGCAGUCAAAUUUGAGCCUGUAACAGAACUCUUGAGAGUAGCUCUUUUUGUCAAACUUGUGCAGUAAGGAAUGAACUCUUGAAGAAUGAGAUUAAGGCCGAGUUUUAUCCUGUAAUGCUUCGCAUUCAUUUGUUUUUGUUGAUUAAGAAACCUCCAUUGUUUGACACAUGGUCAGCCUCCUAGACAGAUGCUCUUUGGGUUUGACAAGUGUCCCUGCCCUGACCUCAACUUUUUGUUUAGAUGUUAUCGUUUUUACUGAGGGAUGCAUCUGCCAUGUAAUUGAUAACUGUUGUAACUCAACAUAUGGACACAUUUCAGCAACAAAUGUGAACCUUUUAAUACUACUGUAAUUAUAUAUACAUAAACUAACUGCCUUGAGCACACAAACAUCAGGCAGUCAA